AUGAGUUUGUACACUGUCAGCAGCGAGAGCAGCGCUUGCUGCUCUCCUAAUGAUAACCUCAUACGCGAGGCCUCUACGGGUGUAACCAAAGGCAACCCAAACCCACGUUCCUUUGGGAGGCUCCAUUCGAAUGACUCGAAUAAACCAGAAAGCGCUUCUGCCGUUGUUCGCGUCGUGGCUGCGGACUAUUCAAAGCAGAUGGAAGCCAUGCGUGAUCGCACCAGCGCACUUGAACGGUACAAAAUUCUCGUGAACAAGGCGCGUCGCACGCCAGUGAAGACCAGAAACAGCGGUAUCGCCGAGUCGACGCUGCCUCAUUCAGAGCCCCUCGCCGCGCAAGAAAAGGCAGCAGAUGGGAGCAAGAUAAAUGACGUCGCGACCACCGCAACUGUGAUUCAUCGAACAACAGCAGGUUCAACGGGCAACACAUCUCCAUCUUCGCAUAACGAUCGGCGCUCUACAAAAGGGAGGCUCACAACUUACACAAAGCAGGUGGAAGGCAUGCGAGAGGAUGCGCCUCAGAGCGCGGCUGAUUCCAAUUCCUCCGCCGCAUCUUUUCAGGGUUUGGCCCCUAAAACCGAAGGGGGCAUUCACGUCCCUUCAAAAGAUGACGAUCGGCGUCCAGGUGAGCCGGAUAAGGAACUUUUUGAUACCACAGAUCAUAAGCCCAGUCAUAAAGAGCCAAAUGCACAGCCGCCCACCUUACCCGAGCCUAUCGAGUUCCCGUCAAAUCCCAAACGCGAUUCCAUGCGGCCUGAUUAUGAACCCAUUACGAGCCGCCACAACAUCCACGACAGGACGCAUUCUUUGGAUAGCAGCAACUUGCUGUUGAAGUCCGACGCGAAUUUGGACGUCCCGUUAAAUUCCUCCGUGGGGGGGAACUCGUUAUCAGACCAAAACGUCUGCCCUCCGCACGCUGAUGAACAGGAGCUCCAACGGCCAUCGAAGGCUCUUAAGACAGGCCAAGCUGCUGCUGCAAAGCGCCAGGUGGUUAGGAAAAGCACCAAAGAGGAGAACUUGAACGAACUUCACCAGGCUGGUCCGAACGAGGAGCGUAUAUCUGGGAAUGGAAGCCAGACUGCCUUUUGGAUUCGACCCUCGUCUGCGCUUUAUGAGAUGACAGCCAGCAUUGGGGCCAAGCGCAAGGACAGCGCGCGGAUGGACGUCAGCAACGAAGGCGAAUCAGUCGAACGUGCGCGCGUUGGCACGUCGCGAAGCGGCAAAAAUCCAUCGGAGGCUUCUCUACAAGAUCGUCGUCCACGGUUUUCAACCUUCUUUUCCUCGCACCGCGCCCCGGCGAAGGGUGUCGACAGCAAGACUUCGAAAAUGUCGGUUCGUUCGUCGAAUCCAACGGCGCCCAACAGCUGCCUGGUAUCCCCUCGCGACCACUCGCUCUCAUACGACCUCUCCGCUCUGGCGAAGCCAUUCCCUUGUAACUCCUUUCCCCCGGUGGACUCCCAGUCACCCUCGAUAAGCGUCGUACUUCUUUCUCGGAAAAACAUUCAGGACACUUCCUUAAACCAACCCGUUUCGUCUCGGAGGAAACUGCUUCCUACGUCGGACUCUAGCCAGAGCUCGUUGGGACUACUAUCCACCGAGGAGCGUCCCAAAGGCAGUGUGGUGAAGGGCAAGGCGGUGGCGGCCCGCCCGAGCAGGCGGGAGGGGAACGUGCACGUCGGCGAGGUUCCAGCUGCCUCCAACGUCACCCCCAAACAGCCCGCCUCGGCAAUAAAAUUGAGCAAAGCGUCGCCCAAGACUAUGCAACGGAAGAGUUCGGUGAAUUUUGACACCUCUCAAUCCGAAACAUCCGAGCCGAUGGGAGAUCCAACGCCGGAUGGGCUGCCUCCAAAGGCUACUCCGCUGAACUUAUCCUCCAGCGUCAUUCUCUCAGCACGCUCCUCUUGCUCCGCGACGUCGAUGAAAGGGAGGGCGAAUCCCUCCAUCAUGACCCCCAUCUCAACACCCAAGAGUUCCGCUCGAGCAAAGAGUGAUGUGGCCUCACCACUUGGGGGCUUCCUUGUGAACGAUGGAAAGCGCAACCUGAACAACACCCCGACGGGGAAGGAUGCCGUGGGGUUUUCACAAUCCAAGCUUCGUGGCCGCACCGACACGAACACCAUCACCCACCAUAUACCCUCCGCAGAUUCCUCCAUCAUUGAAAUGAAUAAGGAGAACAUUUGCGACAAAAAUGGGUACCCGUCCGAUCUUAAUCGUCAUCCCAAGGGACGUCUGUCCACUCUUGGUACACGCCAACAGCUUUCAGCCAAUGAAAUGGUAGGCUCGAUGCUGCAGGGAAUUAUUCAGCAGACUCGUCGUGUGCUACCGUGCUAUCUAUGUGGCGAGAUGAUCAAUGCGACAACCUACCAUGUGCACAUGGAGAUCUGCCGUAGAACAACUGAGGUGCUCAUGGAAGAGCAUGCGAUGCCAUCGACAGUGUGGGAGAAGAUAGAGAGUAUUUCAACCAUGAACGUGCCGAUUUCGUCGUCGAGCCAGGAGGAGCGCGAUGCAUUUGCCAUGGCCUGCUAUAAGUGCGCUUUACAUCUCGUUAUACCGUGUCGGAUAUGUGGGAUCCGCAUUCGUAUUCACGAUGCCAAAGAGCAUGAAAUGCUAUGCGGUAAGACCUACUAUGACAACAGUAAGGCCGCACAACGAGUUCGGAGGGCAGCUGAUGAGAUCCUGAGCCAUGCCGCCAAUGCAGAAUAG